AUGGACGACGAGACCUACAAACCUUCUCGCCACGAAUAUCCUCCUCCCAAGCCCGACUUUCAUCAACAUCCUCCCAGCAAGGACGACACCAGGGAUUUCCUAUUCCUCAAACCCGAAGGUGGCACAUACAAAGUCAGACCCGAGGACCUUCCCUUGGCCUGGUGUACUCUCGCAGACUGUCCUCUUAAUCCUCGUAUCUCUGGAAUUCCACUCCCCAAACCCUCCAAGCUGUAUCGUCCCAUUGGCACGCCAGAUAACCUCGACGGCGCGUCAACAACACCAUCUCGAAGCUCCUCACCUUCUAAUUCUCCUGCAGUUGAGUCGGAAGGCUCCAAAGCAACCGAGUCCAAGAUGGGUAGCCUCAAGGGCAAGAUGAUCUACAACGAGCUUGGUAUCCUGGUUGAGGCUGACAAGCUUGACACACCCAUCGACUCCAAUGUGAUGGGGAUCACUCAUAUGAUUAAGCUGAUUCACGUCAAUUGGCAACACCAUUACAAGCGCAAGACGGACGACAUCAUUGCUGCAUUGUUGAAUGACAAAUCAUCCCUCGCCGUGAAUGAUAAGGCAUUGACCAUCAGUGAGCGAUUGAUAUCUUGGGAGUUCAAGCCAAUUUCUUCGAGAUCAAACGACAACACUCCAGACGGGUUCAAGGUUGCUGUGUAUGGCGGCCUUCCGAGAGUGCUUGACGUUGGUUGUGAUACUGGCGAAUGGUGCUUCACGAUGAAGAAGCAGCAUCCGGACUGGAUUGUCGAGGGUGUUGAUGACGUUGCUCGUUGGACCAAAGACCACACGGAUAUUGAAAUCAAGGACUUCAUGGAUGGUAAACUUUCUGAUGAUAAAUCUCCAGGAGACUACUUCAGCCGCGUUCAUGCCAGCCAGGACAAUCCCGAGUUCACGGUCCGAUCCAUCAAUAGUCUUUUGACCCAUGAGAAUCCAAUCCCACACAACCUCUACGGUAUUGUUCGUGGUAGCAAUAUCUUUGCCAAGGUCAAUAGUUUCAGAGCCUUCUUAGAGGAUGUUCGUUUGAUUCUUCAGCCUGACGGCGUUGUCGAGUUUCUGGAGGUCGAUCCAAGACCGCGGAAGGCCAAGUCCUCCGACGGAGGCCCUAGUCAAGAGGAUCACACCGAUGAUCACACCAGCCGUGCCAUGACUGAUUGGACUGAUAAUAUCGCAGACCGGUUCAAGGCUCCCCUUGAUGAAGAGCUUGCAACAGAUGUUCCGGGUUGGACAGCUCGCAUUGACGAGCGUAUCAAAGCUAGUCUUCAUCCACAAGAUGGCGUUCCAGCUGCUAACCUCAAGUCCUGGGUCGAAGGCGCUGGUUUCUGGGAUGUCAAGCAAGUCAUUGUUAAACUUCCUGUUGGAGGCACUAGUCGUUCCGGACAACUUCUCAAGGACCUCAUCCUUUGGAAGACCUCAAUGGAAGACGAGAUCCCAAGACUCCUCCAGACACUGCCCAAGCUAGAACUCGAAGCCCUCGAAUCAGGAACCUAUUUUUUGAACCUUCACAUCGUGACCGGCCGGAAGCCCCGUCAGCCACGCCUUGGAGACCUGCUCCUCGACGGAUCUCGACAGGAGAUGACCGAAUCCAUGUACGACGCCAUGGCACGUCAUGGUAAUGUUAAAGAGCAACGAAACCAGUGGGAGAGAAACCUCAGAUUCGAUCUCGCUGGUAAGCUGACGGAUAUGAUGGAUAAGCUUCAGCCCUUCCAUUCAUCUCCCUAA